UAUCUUCCAAUGGAUUUUGCAACGUCAAAUGGAUUGAAUAGGCAAUGUGAGAUGAUUCUUAAAGACGAAGCAGAGAGAUGUUGGUCAGUGUGGCUAGGGAGACUUGGAACUAAUUUUGGCAUUACAUGCGGAUGGACAAAAUUCAGAACAGAAAAUGGACUCCUAGUAGGAGAUGCUUACAAGUUUGAACUGAUAAAAAAUGGGGAAAUACCUAUAGCACACUUCCAUUGCAAAUAUUCUGCAAAGGUUGCACAGAGAACGAAACAAUGAAGCAAACUUGACUUUUCUUUUUCUAAUUCGACUGAUCCAAUGUAUAGUUUAGUUGUACAACCUCAAAAACCUUGUAUGAUUUUGGUAAAUACUAUGUAUGGUGUUAGUAAGUUGAUGUAAAUACCGAG